GCAGUUCAUAUUCUCUAAAUAGAUUACUUCCUCUUCUGCUUCACGAUUCUCUAAGUUCUUGUAACUCGUAAAAGAUAUGGGAGUGAAACCCUUACUGGCCACUCUGUUCCUUUCGGCCCUUCUCUUUCCACUCGUCUUCUCCGAAUCAAAUGACUGGUUUGUCCGAAUUGGGUUGAAAAAGGUGAAAAUUGAUAAGAACAAUAGGAUUGCCUCACAGCUCGAGAACAAAGCGGGAGACUCUCUGAGGGGGUCGGCAAGAAAGUAUAACUUCGUCGGUGGUCAUGAUGCAGGUGAUAAAACAGACAUUGUGGCACUGAAGAAUUACAUGGAUGCACAAUACUUUGGUGAGAUUGGUGUUGGAACUCCUCCUCAGAAGUUUACUGUUAUCUUUGAUACUGGAAGCUCUAACUUAUGGGUUCCCUCCUCAAAGUGUUUUAUGUCGGUCUCGUGUUUGUUCCACUCAAAGUACUCUUCUAGCCAAUCCAGUACAUACCAGCCGAAUGGGAAACAUGCUGAAAUUCAUUAUGGAACUGGACAAAUAGCUGGUUUUGUCAGUCAAGAUCACGUUAAAGUUGGUGAUCUUCUUGUUAAAAAUCAGGAAUUUAUUGAGGCAACAAGUGAGCCAGGUGUGACCUUUUUAGUGGCAAAGUUUGAUGGAAUAUUGGGUCUUGGAUUCCAGGAGAUCUCAGUUGGAGAUUCCGUUCCUGUUUGGUAUAACAUGGUCAAGCAAGGUUUAGUUAAGGACCCUGUGUUCUCAUUUUGGCUAAACCGAAAGGUUGGAGCAGAAGAAGGGGGAGAGAUUGUGUUCGGUGGCGCUGACCCGAAACACUAUAAGGGGCAACACACAUAUGUUCCAGUGUCAAAGAAAGGUUAUUGGCAAUUUGAUAUGGGUGAUGUUCUAAUCGGUGGCAAACCUACUGGGUACUGUGACAAAGGAUGUUCAGCAAUUGCAGAUUCUGGGACUUCUCUUGUAGCUGGUCCAACGUCUAUUAUAACAAUGAUCAAUCAUGCCAUUGGAGCUGAGGGAGUAGUCAGCAAAGAAUGCAAAGCUGUAGUUGAUAAUUAUGGACAAAAAAUGUUAGAUUUGCUUGUAAUGCAGGCACGCCCAAAGAAGAUUUGCUCACAAAUUGGGCUAUGUGCCUUUGACGGGAAUCGCGGUGUCAGUAUGGAAAUUGAAAGUGUAGUGGAUGAGAAUGAUGGAAUACUGGGCGGAUUGCAUGAUGCAAGGUGUUCUGCUUGUGAAAUGGCUGUUGUUUGGAUGCAGAACCAACUCAGUCAAAACCAGACUCAAGACAACAUUUUGUCUUACGUCAGUGAGCUAUGUGAUCGGCUACCAAGCCCAAUGGGAGAAUCAGGUGUUGACUGUGAAAGGCUUUCCUCCAUGCCUACUGUUUCCUUCUCCAUUGGUGGAAAGGUCUUCGAUCUCUCUGCGGAUGAGUACAUAUUGAAGGUGGGAGAGGGUGCUGCAGCACAAUGCAUAAGUGGCUUUACUGCUUUGGAUGUCCCCCCUCCUCGUGGACCUCUCUGGAUAUUGGGAGAUGUUUUUAUGGGCCGUUACCACACAAUUUUCGACUAUGGGAACUUGAAGGUUGGAUUUGCUGAAGCAGCUUAGUGAUGGUGUAGGUGUUUGGAUUGAUGGUAAACUAUAGGUGUAAAUAUUGUGUGUGUUUUCACAUUGAAAUCUUGUUGUAUUUCAUCUAUAUAUGUGAAUUUCAUCUUUUGAUCCAUUGACAUAUAUUUAUACCAUAUAACAUGCGCGACGUACUCCCAUUCUUGUACCCGUUACAAAUAUAUAUUUAUGAAAUAUUGUCUGUUAAU